CAGCUGACAUAUUGAAUUUGGAAAACGUGUUGCAGUAAAGUAAUUUGCAGUCGUCAUUCGUCUUCGUGAAAAAAUAUAAUUAAAAAAAAGAAUAAUAAUGAAUUUCUUGAGAACUUUGUUCGACGGCUCUCUUAUGGCGGAGAUAAAAGAUUUUAUGGGCAUACCAAACAACGGCACCUCGAAAAUCGUAGCUUCCGACAAUUUACUGGAUCAGCCGCCACAAAAAAAACGACGUGUUUCCGUCAUUCCAUUGCUGGAGCUGGCAGACAUGGAGGAGCCAUCGCAGCACCGUCGCCGUCGCACUUCAUUGCCAAAUUUCGGCAGAAUCGAUGAGUUCAGUACUCGUCCCGUCGGGAAUUGGACCAUGGAACGCGCCGUGCGCUAUCCUACUCCUGGCCAAGUGCCUCGCUCACCAAUUAAACGUAGAAACUCCAUCGGAAACCUACUCAAAAAAUCUACGAAAUUAACCAUAAGGCGCAGCAGCUUCUGAAUAAAGGCUGACAUUUGAUGGCAACGUCUAUUGUAAACUGUACAAAAAAUUCAGAACAUAAAUAAAAUCGGGCGUAACCAUUAAAGAGUA